AAACGAUGAAUAAUAUAUUGACAAAGCGUCUUUAGUCAGCAACCCUUUCCACCAUUAAAAAUGGAGUAAUAUAUACUCUGACGGCCCAUAUACAUUCCACAGACGGCACACUUCGAUCAUCUCACUCUCAUCGGAAUCUGUUUCACGGCUACCAUUUCCAUAGAUUCGGCUGGGAUUUGGCACAUCACCCUCUUCUCUUCUGCUUCAUCUUCUUCGAAUCAACCCAGCCGAGUCACACUCGCUUCCACUCUUCCUUCUCUACAUCGCAAUCAUGACUUUGUCAAUUGUCCAAGGGUUCAGCAAAUCUCUUGCCAUGACCGUUCUCUCUGAAAUUGGUGACAAGACGUUUUUCGCAGCUGCCAUCUUGGCAAUGCGUCACCCAAGGAGACAUGUCUUGGCGGGAUGCCUUACAGCUCUCAUCGUAAUGACCAUUCUUUCCGCUGCUGUUGGCAUGGCUGCUCCGAACCUGAUCUCAAGAACAUUGUCAAAGCAUAUAACCACUGUGUUGUUCUUCGGUUUUGGACUAUGGUCUUUAUGGGAUGCAUAUCAUGAUGGGGAAUCUGAAGAGUUGGCUGAAGUUGAAGCUGAAUUGGAUGCCAACAUAAAACCAACUAAAUCAGAUAACAAGGCUGAUGAUGAUUUAAAGAAAAAAACCAGACCAUUGUUGACUCAAUUCUUCUCACCCAUUUUUCUAAAGGCUUUUUCUAUAACUUUUUUUGGAGAAUGGGGUGACAAAAGUCAGUUGGCUACAAUAGGUUUGGCUGCAGCUGAGAAUCCAUUGGGUGUUGUUCUUGGAGGAAUCUUAGGGCAAGCAUUGUGUCAAACUGCUGCUGUGUUUGGAGGGAAAAGUUUAGCGACUCAAAUAUCUGAGAGAUUUAUUGCAUUAUCGGGUGGAGUUCUUUUCAUUCUUCUAGAAAAAAUAGGAAUGAAGCACAGUUGAAUGAAGAAAAAAAAUACUGGCUUUUUAACAUUUUGAUAAAGUUAAAGAAUUUUAAAAAAAUAGAAAAGGAGUUAUUGUCCUUUUGUAGUUGAAAACUUGAUGCAUUUUGCCAACACAACACUUGUGGUGUUUUAUCUAUAUCUUGUUUUUGCAUACAUUAAAUACUUAGAAAGUGUUUGGUAUGAUGGAAUCAAGAAAGAAAUGGAAUGGAAUCUUUCAUUCCAUAGAAUGAACGAUUCCUAGAACCUAAAAGAAUGUGAUUCCUUAAAACUUUGUUCAUUUUUAAGUUUUCUUUUUUCUUUAUUCCAUGGUGGAAUAGAAUGGAAAUUUGAAAUGACAUUUUUUUUUUCAUUAAGUAUAUAAUUUUAUCAAAAUCACAAAAAUUAUUGUUUUUGUUAUAGCUUAUUUGAGGUUUAAUAAGCUUAUGUUAU